GGUGGUGACGUCAGCACAGGGGGGGCAGCGCGCCGCGCGAUUGGCGGAGCUGCGCGCGCCGCUACCGAAUAUGGGACCGCGAGUCCAUUGAUAAAACUGCGACGCGGGGUCGCGCGGCGCCAGUCCCCUUCGCACCGGCCACGCGAGAGGCCGUUUUCACGCUGGCGCUGUUCGUAAUUCCACUCGGCCCGUGGGCCGAGGAGCAGGUGGUGCCGGACGGGAUGGGCACUGAUGCGGAUCACCCAUCCGGCCCGCACCUGCUCUCCCUUGCUGAUGUGGGCGCGCUCGGGUUCGACUGCGCGCUGAAGCCGGUGUCGACGCCGACGCCUGCAGCCGGCACGCCGACCGACCUGAACACGCCUGUCACCACGUCGGACCUGCCCGCCUUCUUCCCGACGCUGCUCGAGCCGCCUUCGAUAUCAGGUACACUAACGGGCGAUGAGCUAUCGUUAGGGUGCUCGCCACGUCGACACAAGCAUGAAGCUUCGUUGUCCCCGGGCGCACGCGCCGAGGACGCUAGCAAUGCGUCUAGUGCAAGCGCAUCUCUAUACGGGCCGCCAGCCGGCAGCGCCGGCAAGCGCGCGCCCUCGCCACCCCUGCAGUGGCUGCUGCCGCCCGGCCCCGGCCCCGGCAGCGUCGACAAGUACUUCCAGCAAGAGUACGAGGAGCGCGUUGAGCUGCUCCCGCCAGAGUGCCAACCCUACUGCGCGCCGUCGCAGCCGUGUCCACCGCCGCAGCACUGUGAAUACCGCCCUCCGCCGCAACCACAGCAACAGCACACGUGGGAGACGCAGGAGUACGCCAGUGCGCCGCAGCCCACUCCGGGACCCUCCGGCCUUCCUAAGCGGGAGCCGUACCCGAGCCCGGCCGGCCCUAGCGACAGACCAGUGCAGCUAGCCGAAUACAACCCGUCCACGAGUAAAGGACACGAGAUUCUUUCUCAAGUAUAUCAGCAGAGUGCGCAACCGCUGCGGCUUGUCGCGGUCAAACCCCGCAAGUAUCCCAACAGGCCGAGCAAAACCCCCGUCCACGAGCGACCAUACGCUUGUCCAGUGGAAGGCUGCGACCGCAGGUUCUCGAGAUCAGACGAGCUGACGCGGCAUAUACGCAUCCAUACGGGCCAGAAACCGUUCCAGUGUCGCAUCUGCAUGCGCUCCUUCAGCAGAUCGGAUCAUCUGACGACGCACGUACGAACUCACACGGGUGAAAAGCCAUUCGCGUGUGAUGUGUGCGGGCGCAAGUUCGCGCGGUCUGACGAGAAGAAGCGGCACGCGAAGGUGCACCUGAAGCAGCGGCUGAAGCGCGAGCGCGGCGGCGGCGGCGCGCACCACCACGAGCACGGGCACGCCUCGCUCUAGCAGUCAGCCGCCGCCACGGCCACCGCCGCGCGGCCCUCCUCGGAGUCUUCUGACGACAGUGACAACAGUGGCGGUGACUCUUACACGGACAACUGAACUUUUUAUACUUUCACGUUGAAAUUAUCGAAUGAUUUCAUCGCUUAGGUGUAAAUGAAUUGUCUUUAACAAAGCUUUAUUAACUCUACAUUUGUAAAUUCACUGAAAUUUAUAUAUAUCUUUUUAUACAUAUUUGUAAUUACUAUGGUAGGAUUCGAUUUGCUCGAUGUAUUUAUUUAAUUAGAUAGGUUAAUUGAAAAACUGACUGGGAACAAACGUAGAUACGAAGCGAUGUGGCCUAAUGUGUCCAGUGUGUGUGUCGUUACGUUUCUAUGCAAAGAGAACUUUGUCGCCUCGAGUGGUGAUUAGAGUCACUGUCGUCCUCGGCAUUAUGUGAACACAUAUCUUUCUGUCUGAUGGCAGUCCAAUGGAUAGGCUUAGCGGUGUCUGGAAAGAUAUUCUCUUGUUAUGCUAUCGAUUAGUUGUACGUUGUUGUAGUAUUACGAGAAGUGACCGUUUUGUUACGGAGAUGAACUUUACAAGUAACUUGACUGAAACCGUCUUCUUGACAUCGACAGUCGACAGCGGGAACUAAUUGAUAUCUAAGUAAAUAAGUAUGUGACAAAUUUUGGGGGUAAACCUACUCUGUCUAGGGUACCUACCGAGUGUGUGGGUAUAUGUAUGUUAUAUUCUUUUGUUUGACAAACUAACGUGAAACUGUGCCAUUAAUUUAACUUUAUAACGUGCCACUGCAAUUUUUAUUUUUAUUUACAUAAUUAUGUAAUUAAAUAAGUAUAACACGACUGCUGAAUAAGUGAUAACUAUGAUUAUUUCGUUAUACUAUAUUUCUAGUCGAAGAUAAAGUAUAAACGCGAGGAUGUCGACUAUUAUGUUUGUGUUUAGAUAAUAUAAUGUCUGCCAUUACUAACCGUAGGUAUAUACAUAUAUAUAUUUACGUUUCGACAGCUGCUGUCAUGAUCUUCUCUUGCUCAAACGUUUAAUUUUACUAAAUUUGCUCAAGUCUGCUUCUGGUACAUAUUCCAAGUGAUAUGGUUCCUCUACGUUUCCACUAAUGUUCUUUGUUUCGCUCACACCAUGUGUUGCCCUCUUCGUGCACUCGUUGUUCAGUAAUUUCACUAUGAUAUGAACUUUUCCCAGUGGCAUAUAUUUUUAUAGUGUACGUAUUAUUACAUAGACUAAUCUAGUAAAAGUUUAGCAUGUAGCGUUUAAAUUAUGAUCUCUUAAUCAUUAAUAAUUAUUUUCAAUCGUAGUGAAGGCCCUUUAUUUAUAAUACUCAUAAGUUUCUGUAUAGUUGUAACUAUGUGUAAGAUUCAUAUUUUGGAUUUCAGUAACUGUGAUGACGAUGUUACACUGUCUGCUAGGGGCGCGGUCGCCGUCGACCGCUAGGUUCCUAGGUAAAUUAUUAUUGUCUACUGCAUUACUUACAAACUAAGAUAUUUUUGCAUUAUAUUCAAUUGUUAUUAACUAAAUAAGGUAUCCUAUAUACUGUAGGGUUUCUUAUUCGUUCGUUCACUUAUAUAAUAUUUACGAAAACCAUUUCGAGUUUUUAAGUAAUGCGGUUUCAAAACUUAAAUGUUGUCUCUCCUUGUUUUUCUCAUUAAUGUUAAGCACAAAAUAGUCGUAGCUUUGACAUUUCAUAAAUACAGUAAAAAUGUUUUUAUGGAACCGCCUUUGUAAGUCUUGAUACUUUUGUACAAGUUCCAUGUAAAAUAUUUUUGUUGGGUACAUACAUAAUACUAGUACAAACAUCAUGUUCUUAGAAUAGGAAUGUAUCACAAACAGCGCAGUCGUAACAAUCCGGAUAUAGGUACAACAGACUGUUAAAGUUUCACCGAAUAAACCGUGAUAGAACUACAGGGUGGGCCUUUCAGUAACGUCGGUCAUUAUGAAUUUAAGAAAUCUGACAAUAAUAUUGCUAACUCCUGCGCCUGCAAUGUAACCCACUAACUGUUAAUGGGAGCGGUUCAAUCCACCGUGCACAGAUCAUCACAUUUACUCUAACAUGUGUUUGUCAUCAGUUGAGUCAACUAUCAGAGCAUUUAAAUGGAGCAAACAGCCAGCACGUAACUUUAGAGCGCCGUUCCCAAGUUAUCCAGUCGCUUACGAAGCCUUUGUAGGAUGUGGCAGCGAGAGCACGCGCGUGCGCCGCGCCUGCGUGUGCGCACACGGGCGUGCUCCCGCGCUUCAAUAGAAUGUCGUGUACGAGUUUAUAAUGUUUUUACUGUUAUAGAAGAGACGAAGUCUCCGAUAGACAAGGCUAGAGUAGAUAGGUAUUAUAAAUCGUAUUCAUGUUAAUCAAACGAGUGAAAUUGAAACGGAAAAGACUAAAUUCUUACACAUUUUACAUAAUGUUGCAUCGCGUUCGCGUUAACGUUAUUGAUAUACGGUGUUUGUAUUAGGUUACGAGUUACGACUUGCCCAUUGUUUGCACCCGCCGGCGACCGCCUCGCGGAUGCGCCAGCGGGUCGGGUGGUGGUGGAGCGAUCUCGCAUUGUUGCAUUAUGUUUUACAUUCACACAAUCCCGUGCUUCGAUCACACGAACACUUCAUCUUAAUAUACCUAGCUCUUAAAGGACUUUCAACAAAUACGAUAUCUAACUUUUAUGGUGUUCACCUGAUAGUGAAUGGAAAACGAAUUCUUUAUGAAAUUGUGGAUGAUUAUUGUUUAAGCUAUUUUAUGUAUUUCACCCGAGUGAAAGAUGUUGUUGAUGUUCUAUAAAUAUAACUAGUUAUAAGUAGGUAUUGUUAAAUCUCACUAAUUUUUACUAAAUUCUAUUUAAUUAAAAUAUUUGUAAAUACACUCUGACUAAAUUUGAAUUUAAUGUGUAUAUAAGAGAAAUGAAAUUUUUAUUUAAUGAAUCCACCUAAGGUGACGAAAUACAAAUUGUUGAAAAUUUGAA